AUGAGCCUUGCCAUUCCAACCCCACAGGCUAUCAACACUCGUCACAAAGCACCGAACAACAAGGAGGAGACAGUUAAAAUUAAACGUCUACUUCCUGGCGAGUACGCAAAAGCUGUAGCUGGGUAUUCAACUCUGGGUACCGGUGCUGGUCAGAAUCAUGUCAAUCUUGGCCGGUUCCUGACUAAUACCCCGGAUUCGCCAAGAAUACACUCCCAGUCAAGACAAGGCGACGAUGGAUUUGUUACACUGUACGAUUUGGGGAACGUCCCGGUCAUGCAACCAUCAUCGCCGCCGCAUCAUCCUAGUUCUUCUGACGGAGAAGGCGAUGAAACAUCAGACGAAAAACGCCAUCAAGCUCUAGUGCCCGAGAAGUUUCAAGAUGCAGACAGCUUCUAUCGUUUCAACUUGGAGAAGCCUCCGCAGAGCUGCAUCAUAUUCUUACGGGGCUUUAUGACAGCGCAAUGGAUCAACAACAUUGGAGCCCGUUAUUUUGUUGAUCCGGAAUUCUUCUGUCGUCAUCUGGACUUUAGCCCUGUUAACGAUACUGCAAGCAACUUUUCAAUUCCCGCACUCCCAUCCUCGUCAGGUCACCUAAUAGAACUACCGAUAAUUACUAUCGGAAAACGGAGGGAUGGAACAUCGACAGAUAAUAUCAAUGAGAUGAGGAGUUUGGGUGCCUCUGCAUUAGCCAACCACUACCACCAAGUCUCAAAACUAGGGGCCUCGGGUUUGAAGCUUGGGGACUCGAUGAUCCGAGAAUAUCAUGUCUUUGACGAGAACCACUUCGCCAUCGAGCAAAGGGUUUCAAUCUGUAUGCAACAGCCAAAGAAGGAGAAUGACGCUAACCAGACCUUUACAUUGCUUGCAUGGCUAGAUGCUGCAAAACCAAGCUUAAUGGCCAAAGAUCCGUUCUACACAAUCAUCGAAAUCUUGGACUUCGCGGCGAGUUCACAGAUACAAUUUCUCAAUCUCAUCGAUGAGAUACAUCUGGCUACCUUAAGAGUCUAG